AUGUAAACAUACUUAAGAUUUUUCCGAUUUACAACUCAUCAAUUUGACCCUUAUUUAGUAUUGGGUUUAAAUAAAAAUGCCACAAUGAGCCAAAUAAAAAGUGCUUAUAUAGAUUUAUGUAAAAAAUGUAAGCAUCAAACAAUAACCCGAUAGAUCAUCCAGACUUAAAUGAUGAGGAAGGUGCCAGAGAGAAAUUUACUUAGAUUCAUGAAGCUUAUAAAAUAUUGAAAUAGCGUAAGUUUUAUGAGCAAAUAGAUGAAGAGUUUAAGAAGAAUUAUUAGUAAAUUGUAUUAGCAAUUGAAAUAGUUCAGCUUAAUCAGAGGAAGAAUGUUUUAAAGUGAUAUUUGGAUUUUACUUUUAUGAAAAUCCUCAGGAAUAUUAUAAACCUGAGAAUGCUUAAAAAAGGGCAGAUUAUUAAGAAAUGUUGCGUAAAUUCAAAAAUAAACAAUAAAAUACUUAUGAAAAGGGAAAGAAUGAGUUUUCAGAUGUAAAGAUAAAUAGGACUUUUAAUUCAGAUUCAAUAUAUAGUACUUGAUAAGAUUAGUAAUAUAGGAUUUAGUGAUCAUACUCUAUUGAAAGUGUUGUUAAUGUUUACCUUAGUAGUUUCAGUAACAAGUGCUUAUGUAUUUUUUUAUAAGAAAUAAACAACUUAUGCAAAGAAUACAAUAACAGAUUCUUAAAUAAUGAGAAUGAGAGCUUAAGCAUAAUUAAGAGAGUAGAGAUAGGGAAGAAUGAAAGAGGAAUGAGAG